UCUUCUCGUUCUUCUUCCUUCCUGUUGCUUCGCUCUCCUCCACCACCGGCACCGCUUCCGUCAGAUCUCUCCAAACCCAGCGUUCAGUUCUUCCGUGAUCGCUAGGUUAAUUUCUUGGAACAACUGGAUCUUGAUCUCAACCCGGAUCCGUUGCGUGUUCUGUUUUGCGUAUAAUAUUGUAAGAAAAAUUUGGAGAUUUGGCGAGAAGUUGAUGAGUUAGGUGGCGGUGGUUGAGCGUCGGUGAAGUGGUGAAUUGAGUUAGGAAACGGUGCUUAGGAUUCUUCGCCCGGAAUCGGUGUCGGUGGCUCUAAUUCGCCGGAUUUCGUGAUUUUUUUCUCCGCCGAGUUCUUAAUUUGGGAAUUUGAUCCGCGAUCUUGUGGGAGGACAAGAAGGAAACGACGCCGUUAGUGCAGCUGUUAGGUUGCUAGAAGAUGCAACAAGAUCAGCGCAAGAAGAAUUCCAAGGAGGUGGAAUUUUUUACAGAGUAUGGGGAUGCCAACAGGUAUAAGAUUCUGGAGAUUAUAGGGAAAGGGAGCUAUGGUGUUGUUUGUGCAGCCCUGGACACUCAUACUGGGGAAAAGGUAGCAAUAAAGAAAAUAAAUGACAUUUUUGAGCACAUCUCUGAUGCAAUUAGAAUUUUGCGUGAGGUGAAGUUGCUUAGGAUUUUGAGGCACCCUGAUAUUGUUGAAAUCAAACGCAUUAUGAUUCCUCCUUCGAGGCGGGACUUCAAAGAUAUAUAUGUUGUUUUUGAGCUUAUGGAAUCUGAUCUUCAUCAAGUUAUUAAAGCCAAUGAUGACUUGACGCACGAGCACCACCGGUUUUUCCUCUACCAGAUGCUACGGGCUAUGAAAUAUAUGCACACAGCCAAUGUUUAUCAUAGAGAUCUUAAACCAAAAAAUAUAUUGGCGAAUGCGAACUGCAAACUAAAAAUAUGCGAUUUUGGAUUAGCAAGGGUUUCAUUUAGUGACACACCUACAACUGUAUUUUGGACGGAUUAUGUUGCUACAAGAUGGUAUAGGGCUCCUGAGUUAUGUGGAUCGUUCUUUUCCAAGUAUACUCCUGCUAUUGAUAUUUGGAGCAUUGGUUGUAUCUUUGCGGAGGUACUGACUGGGAAACCACUAUUCCCGGGUAAAAGUGUUGUUCAUCAGUUGGAAUUGAUCACUGAUCUUCUUGGGUCACCAUCACCAGAAACCAUUUCCGUGGUUCGUAAUGAGAAGGCAAGAAAAUAUCUGAUGGAUAUGCGCAAAAAGAACCCGGUUCCUUUUAGUGAGAAAUUUCCAAGUGUAGAUCCAUUGGCACUUCGACUAUUGCAGAGGUUGUUGGCAUUUGAUCCAAAGGAUCGGCCAACUGCUGAACAGGCAUUGGCUGAUCCUUACUUUAAAGGACUAGCCAAGAUUGAGCGAGAACCUUCCUGUCUACCAAUCUCUAAGUUGGAAUUUGAGUUUGAGCGUCGGAGGCUGACAAAGGAGGACAUCCGAGAAUUAAUAUUUAGGGAGAUACUAGAAUAUCAUCCCCAACUUUUGAAGGACUACAUGUCUGGAAACGAUUCAAGUUACCUGUACCCAAGUGCUCUUGGUCAUUUUAGAAGGCAAUUUGCUUAUCUUGAAGAAAAGAGUGGUAAAAGCGGGCCUGUUAUUCCUCCUGAAAGAAAACAUGUCUCUGUUCCACGCUCUACGAUUAAUUCUAGUACCAUCCCUCCGAAAACACAACCAAGUAUGUCUGUUUUUGAUCUUCGCCGAGCGAGUGAAGAGGUGUCUGCCGGCGUUAGAGUUACAGAGACUGUAUCUAACAAUCUACCCAAGCCUUCACGACCACCACCAAGAGUGCCAGCGGCAGCAGCAGCUAAACCAGGUCGAGUUGUCGGCCCGGUUUUACCACUCGAGAGCGAUAGAACUAUCAAAGAUGUGCAUAAUGGACACGCUUAUCCUCAGAACCCUGUCCUUCCCCCACACUAUGCAGCAUUCAGGACUAACUCGGGAAAGAACCAAGCAAAGUAUGGAGCAGAAGUCGCGAAAGCGUCCUCUCAGAUCAGCAGAGUACCACACAUGCUGCAGUCUGAUGCAAAGCUAACCCAGAAAACAAACAACGGCGUCAUUAACAGCAACCCGUAUUUCCAGGCGCAAGCUAACGUAGGCCAACUGAAUAGUCAGAUGGUCGCUCUCGACGCCAAACUUAUGCAGGCGCAAUCUCAGUUCGGAGCGGUUGCUGCUCACCGAGAGGUUGGUGCUGUUCAGUAUGGUCUGACUUAGCUAUCUGUUAGUUGAUUUGAUCAUAAGAGGAGUAUCCUUGUUUAGAUAUAGACAUGAAAAAUUUGAAGAGGAAUGCAACCCCUCCCCGCAAUAUAUCUCUGCGGUUUAGUUAGAUUGUCGUGUGAAAA